AUGGAAGAAGAUGGCUACAUCGCUCGUGAGCAGAUCUUGGGCCAAGAUGCGCGUCGUCGUGUGCCCAGAGAAUUCCUCGUACAGCAUGUGGAACACGCCAAUCCUCCCACUUUGCUGCUGGCUUUAGAGAAAAUGAUGCAGUGGCACAAGGCUGCAGACUCGGACGAAGACCUGAAGGCGUUUGUGCGUACCGUUUUCCCGUUCCUGAAGCGUUGGUACAGCUGGUUCCUGAAGACGCAGUAUGGUCCACACGACGCGAGUUUCCGCUGGCGAGGCCGCCUCCCAAAUGACGGCAAGCUGAUCUCCAACACGUUGUCAUCAGGUCUAGAUGACUACCCUCGAGCGUCGCGUCCGAGUGAGAAUGAAAUGCACGUGGACUUGCUCUCGUGGAUGAUCCGCUCGAGUAAUGUUAUGGCCAAACUUGCAGACUUUAUCGACCGAGAUGCUGACGUCCAGCUCUUUGAAAGUAACAGUGCUCACUUUCUCUCUGGACUGGACGAGCACCACUGGAAUGAGGAAGCGCAGUCGUACUUUGAUGUGGGCGAACACAGUGAAGAUGGCGUGAUUGAGUACCAGGUUGCUGUGCGUUGCCGUAAUGAACAGGGCCAAGUUGUCGACACCACGGCUCCUAUUGCGCAGAUUGAGACUAAGCAAGUCAAGUGCCCGGAUAGCCAUCCGAACUUCAUGUUCCCGCUAGGUGACGGCCGUGGUGGACUGCAGAUGUUGCCUGUGUUUGUUCCGCGCACGACGAAGCUGCAGCAUGUGAAGCAUGUCGGCUACGUCAGCGUGUUCCCGCUUCUCCUUAAGGCAGAUGACGGACCCAGCGCAGCUUUGGUCGCCGUUUGGACUGCGCUCUCUGUCGACGCAAGAUCAGUUCUAUGA